CACCUAUUUGCCUCUACAUUUCCUCUCCUCCGAGAGCUCCUCCCCCCCCCCGUCGAAGCCGCUGAAUUAUUCAUCAGCGGAUGGCGGAGCUCGGCCAGCUGAGCCGGAGCGGCGAUGGAGAGGCAGAGCGAGGAGGUGUGGGAGGAGAAAGGGAAGCGUGGAGGAGCCGUGACUCAGCAGGGAGACAGAGGGGGGGAGACGGAGGCAGUUUAUAGAUAGCUUAAGGUGCUACGCCUGGAGAGAGAGAGAGGCGUCAAAUGCCUCCCGCUGUGCUUGUGAACGCGGGUGCGUGUGUGUGUGUGUGUGUGCGCCUAUCGAUUGAGCGGAGAAGGUCAUGGAGCCGAGAGGAGAUUAGCAAACUGGACUCCAGCUAACGCCUCCUCUGAAUAGCAGCUAGACAGAGAAAGGAGAGAGAGAGAGAGAGAGAGAAGGCGCAGGAGGACGAGAGGAGCGGCACGCAGCAUGGGGGAGAGCUACAUGUACCAGCGACUCCCCUACGCCAGAGGACGGGAGGCGGGGGAGGAUGAGGACGAAGAGGAGAGGGACGGGAGCAUCGCCGAGAGUGUCGGGGCAGAAAUGAUGCAGUGUGAGGAGGGCACCGAGUGGCUGCUGGAGCUGCUGACGGACGUGCAGCUGCAGCAGUACUUCCUGCGGGUCCGAGACGAGCUCAACGUCACGCGACUCUCCCACUUCGACUACGUGAAGAACGAAGACCUGGAGAAGAUCGGCAUGGGACGCCCAGGUCAGAGGAGGCUCUGGGAGGCGGUCAAGAGGAGAAGAGCCCUUUAUAAGCGCAAGUCGUGGAUGAGCAAGGUGUUCCCGGUGAAACGGCCCGACGCCGACCCCCAGCAGGGGGCGUCGCCCGACGCCGCGGCGGCGGCCGGCGGCGAGCCGGCGGCCUCGCUCACCUGCCUGAUCCGAGAGUCGGAGCUGCAGCUGCUGGAGCGGCUGGGAGACGGCACGUUCGGGGUGGUGCGCAGAGGAGAGUGGACCGGACCCAACGGGCGAGUGCUGUCGGUGGCGGUGAAGUGCCUGAAGGCCGGCGUGUUGGACUCGGACGGCCUGGACGAUUUCAUCAGAGAGGUGAACGCCAUGCACUCGCUGAGCCACCAGAACCUCAUCCGGCUGUACGGCAUCGUCCUCACGCAGCCCAUGAAGAUGGUGACCGAGCUGGCGCCGCUGGGUUCCCUGUUGGAUCGUCUGAGGAAGCGCCAGGGCCACAUCCUCAUCUCCUCUCUGUGUAACUACGCUGUGCAGGUGGCGUGCGGCAUGGCCUACCUGGAGCAGAGACGUUUCCUCCACAGGGACCUGGCCGCCCGCAACGUCCUGCUCUCCACCAAUGAGACCGUGAAGAUCGGCGACUUUGGCCUGAUGAGAGCGCUGCCGACACACACCGACCAGUACGUCAUGGAGGAGGGCCACAAGAUCCCGUUCCCGUGGUGCGCGCCGGAGUCCCUGAAGUCUCGUACCUUCUCCCAUUCGUCCGAUACCUGGAUGUUCGGGGUCACCCUGUGGGAGAUGUUCACCCACGGACAGGAGCCGUGGCCGGGCCUCAACGGAAGCCAGAUUCUCCACAAGGUGGAGGUGGACGCGGAGCGGCUGUGCAAACCAGACGACUGCCCGCUGGACGUCUACAACGUCAUGCUGCAGUGCUGGAGCCCCAAACCCGAGGACAGGCCCACCUUCGUCGCCCUCAGAGACUUCCUGCUCGAGACCAUGCCGACGGACAUGAAGGCGCUGCAGGACUUUGAGGAGGAAGACAAGCUCCAGAUUAAAAUGAACGACGUCAUCACCAUCAUCGAGGGAAGGGCGGAGCACUACUGGUGGCGAGGUCAGAACAGGGGGACGCUGCGCGUGGCCCAGUUUCCUCGCCACGUGGUGACGGCGGUCGCCGGCCUGUCCGCCCGCGACAUCAGCCGACCGCUCAAACACUCCUUCAUCCACACCGGGCACGGGGACACGGACCCCCACAGGAGCUGGGGACAUGCGGAUCGCAUAGACAGUCUGUACCUGGGGAACCCCAUGGACCCCCCCGACGUCCUCGGGAUGGAACCGGGCAUCGCCAGGCCGACCAAACUCCCCAACCGAUCCAAGAAGCAACCUCCUCCUCGCCCGCCUCAACCCGCCGUCCUGCUGAAGAAGCCGUUCUACGACUCGGUGAUGGACGACUACGACGACGACGACGGCGGCGGCGGCGCCUCCUCCUCCUCGGGGCUGAAGCGGCUGGGGGCGUCGCUGGGCCUGAAGCUCCGCCCGUGGGACGGGUCCGCCGUGCGCCCGGCCAAAAGCGAGGUGUCGCUCAUCGACUUCACCGACGACAGCUUCAGCUCGACGACGCCGUCGCCGCUCGCGGAGACGCGGCAGCCGGAUGAGGACACACUGAAGGACACGCCGUCCAUCUUGGACUGGCCUCUCCCUCAGCCGACUUACGACGUGGUCGCUGCGGAGCUCGAGGACCAAUCGGAGGACCAGGAGGUGCGGACUAUCAACAAGGGUUCUGCUGAGGAAGCCGCGGCGGCGCCCAGGAGCGAGUCGCAGUCGGCCGACCUCUUCCAAGAACUACAGAGAGAGGUGAUGGUGAAGCUGCAGGUUCCCAUGGCGACGGGCCGCUCGCUCCCCUCCUCCCCCCUGCCCAUGCCCCUGGCUCCGCUGGGCCCCCACCGACAGAUCUACCUGCCGCCUCCCUCCCCCACCGCCGCGUCCUCCUUCGCCUGCUGCUUCGAGGACCGGCCGGUGCUGCCCCCCCGCAGCCCCGUCCCCCCGCUGCGGCCCUCCAAGCGCAACCUCCCCACCCGCGGCGCCCACUCGCUCUGCCUGGGCAACGGGGAGGACACGCCUCCCCAGCUCCCACCCAGAGACCACGCCUUCUCUCAGCCGGGCUCCCGCUCCUCGUCGCCCCUCCCACUGGUGGUGCCGCCGCUGUCCUCCUAUCCCCUGAGCCUGCCCCCCCCUCCCCUCACCGUCUCCCCACGCCGGGCGUCCGGACACCUGGGCCCCCUCCUGUCCACCAACCCGUCCUCCUCCCCGGCUCCAGCCACGUCCAGGCUCGCCGCUCGCGGCUCCUCCUACUCCUCGGGCGCCUUACUGGAUCCUCUCGCCUUCAGCGAGGGGCGUGGCCUCUCCUCACUGGUCGACAGCUCCGCCCCCGCCCCGCUGCCAGAGCGCCCGGCUUUUCUCGAAAGAUAUGGAGCGGCCAAUAUGGCGGCAGUCAAACCCAUGAUUCAGCAGCCCGGCGGAGCCAAACCAAACUCCUCCUACAACAACAACAACAACGGGCGGACGUCAGCUCCCAGCAUGCAACAGGAGCAAAGUGUCACCCAGGUCCAAGGGGCGGUGCACGGUGUCACGCUGGAGGAGUGUCAGGCGGCCCUGCAGAGUCACAACUGGAGCAUCUCUCAGGCCAUAAAUCAUUUGAAGGUGGAGCAGCUGUUCCGUCUGGGCCUGCGGUCGAGAGCCGAGUGCGAGGAGCUGCUGCAGCGCUGCCAGCUGAACCUGGAACAGGCCAGCGCGCUCAUGCUGGACACGUACGGGCCCCACCGCAACAAGAAGUGACAGGCGAGCUCAGCAGCACAGAACCACCUCGGAUCCCCCGGUGAGAUCGGGACCAACGCGCGGAGGAGCGUGCACGUGCCUCGCCGUAUUGAACUGUGAAUUAACUGCUCUUGCUGGCGUCCCAACGCUCGUCAGAAGCCCCCGGAGCAGCUUGUGGAAUGUCUCAUGGUUACUUGAAGAGUUGUUUUUGGAUUUUUUUUUUUGUAAUUCCGUUAAUAAUGAGAGGUGUUGCUUCGCGUGAGUGUGCUUUGAAUUUGUUGCAUGUGCAGGUGUGCACGUAUUCGCUUACACUAAUGCUGGAACUCAGUGGAUGCCUGUGACUUCCUGCUGUCGAUGAAGGGACAGUAAACACCACAGCAGUAUGUUUUCAUGAAAAUGUACUGAUAAGACGCUGUAUUGUGUUCAGUACUAAACUGAUUGUGCUACUUCUGAGGACACAAUAACUGCUGGUCGGAAUAAGACGUAUGUAGUUAGCAAAGUGAACAGGACGCAGGCGAUCAUUUUAGAUCUCAUUGUAAGCAAUGAGGCUCCAAAAAACCGAAAUGUGAAGUCGUCUAUAAUCUCCGUACGAGUUCAACCUCUACAGGUGAGUUAGUUAAAUCACCUAAAUUGAUGUUUUUCCUAUAAAACUGCAUGAUCAUCGGAAGCACCCGAAGCUCCCAGGCGUGAUUCACCUGUUAGUCGGCGGCUGCGUUGAGUGUUUGCAUGCGUGCGCAGCGCCGCAGGUAGCGAACUGCAUACAAAGCAUGUGUGUGUCCGCGCAGACCGGGAGCAGAAAUGUCACCUCUUAAGAAUUCAUGAGCCUAACCCUCUCUUUUGUUGCAUUGGCUGUACGCUUGUCACUGGGCUGUUUGCAUUAUACAAUAUAGAGCAGUGAAAAUAUGAGCAGGUGUUUUAUAAUAAAGUGAAGUGGAGUCGCUCGCUU